AUGCGUGCGCUUUUUCUGCAGCGUGGCCGUGUUAUUCAAUCUGAUCCGGUGAUGUUUGUUGACCCAUUUGGACGUGUGUAUGAGGCUGUUGAGAAAGUGGAUGGUUCUUUCCUUCUGGCUGCCGAUGGAGUGACAGCGCCUCCCCAGCCGGGCCUUUUGGUAAUGACGGGCAUGAUGGGAGAGACAUCGACGGGACCUGUAGCAUUGGCAAACAAUGUUCAACAAAGGCAAUCGUUCUUGGAGGUUGCAAAACACUCUGUGUGUAGGGAGAUUCCGGCGAGUCAACUGCUGCAAUUGAGGAGACCAAAGUUGAUUGAAGGAGAACUGGGCUUCAUCUUUACGGACGUAGAGGUAAAGCGUUUGGUAGAGGAUUUCAGAUUUGCCUUAGUUCUUAAAUUCUUAUCCUUUAGACCAAACAUCGAUCUGGUUCGAGCGGCCGUAGCCAAAACUUGGGGGCUGUGGGAGGUUCUUGUGGUUAGUCAUAUGGAUGCUUCAAACGUUUUGGAGAAAAGGAAUGUCACGGAGAUUGAAUUAGGGAGAGAUAGAAAUAUGGAUGAGGAUGCAACUGUAGCUUCGAAGACUAGUGGGAUAGAAAUUGCUAAGCUUAGAGGAGAUGUAACGGCCACACACAUAAUGGUAAGGACAAAAGAAGAUCAAUGUGUCAAAGAAAAUGCUGAGGAAUUACAAGAGGACUCUAGGGAUCAUGACAGUGCAGAUGAGGCAAUUACAAUAUCAGAUAAAGAGGUGGAAGGAAUGGUGGAGGAAUUGGAAAAUAUUCGUGAUUGCAUUUUAGAUUUUGAACAAAGGGCUAAUGGGCACCCAAGGAAAAUAGUACAUAAGGGGUGGUACAAACUCAAUACUGAUGGAUGUUGCCCGGGCAAUCUUGGAAUUUGUGGUGCUGAAGGUAUUAUUCUGAAUGAGAAGGGUGAUAUUGUCAUAGCCUUUGCUGAGAAUCUUGGUAAGGGUACCAAUAAUGGUGCUGAACUACUGGCAUUAUUAUAUGGGCUCUGA